GACGUGUGUGUGACCCGGAUAAGCUAAUUUAUUCCACGGACCGGAAAUUCAGUUUUUCAUACAAAGUUGUCACACUACCUAGGUUUACAUCUAAUUUAAAAACGUGAUUGAAGAUACAAGUUGAAAUCCUGACAUCUUUCUAUCUAAACUGACUUGAUAAACUUUUAUAUCGUGUAAAAAUUGCCUUGUGUUACUAAUUCUAAUGCCUCCAAGAAGAAUAAAAAGUAAUUCUCUGAGAUCGGAGAAGAUUGGAGCUACUUCACCAAUGAAGUUGGAAUCAAAACAGACAAACCAUGAAAUUAAAGACGGGCAAAAGGAAACUGACUUAAGUCAGGAAUUAAAAUUUGAUAAAGAACUCCUUUGGUGUAUUUCCCAAUUCGACAAACAAAUCAAAAGUGGAAAUCUUUCAAAAGCUAAAGAGCAAGAAAGUUUAAAAGCAAUCAGAAUUUUAAGAAAGCAAAGUAAUUCAAAGAUUCAAAAGAUUGCACUGAUGAAACAAUACUUCAAAGACUACAAAAGUAAAAUGCAAAAGGAAGAAGAAUUUCUUGAAAAGGAAGCGAAAACAGUUUUCUUAAAAGAUGCUGCUUGUAAUAUUAAUAAAGGAAUAUUUGUUAAAAAGAAAGUUUUAAAUUCAAAUCAUCGAGAAUGUGAAAAUAAAAACACAUUUUUGUUUAACUUCAAUUCAACACUUUCUGAUGACUUAAACAAAAUCAAUGAAAAACUUGAAACAAUAAAAUUAUGA